AUGACAUCUACAUCCUCCCCCGUCCACAUCGACACCCUGCUCACGCAGAUCACGACGUCCAAUAGCCCUGCGGCGCUCAACCACACGUUCAAGACGGCUUUUACCCGCGACGCGCGGGAGAUUUUGCUCUCGAGCUUUCUGGCGAAUGGACAGGACCCGCUUGCGUUUUUGGAUCCUGCUGUGAACACCAUUGGAUCGCUGUACAUUCUAUCGUCGAGGCUGCAUGCGAACUACUCGAACACACCGCCGCCGUCGUGGCAGACGAUCGGGGACUUUUGCAGCUCGUUCAACGCGGACGAUGCGCGUCUCGCUCCGGAACGCGUAACGAAGCUGGCAAGAGGUAUACAACGAUACGCAGCGCACAUCGGGACCCCAAGUCUCGCAAUUCAACCGCUCUCUGACCUUGUGACGCGCUACCCGCCAACUCGAUCGCACCUCACCGCCAUCCACCCCAUCUUCCUCCUCACCUGCGUAACAACCCGCCACUUCCGCGCCGCGCUCCCCGUGCUCGCGCACCCCAUCACCGAGAUCGACACAACGACGACGUCGCCCGACCUCACAUACACCGACAACCUCGUGUACCACUACGCGGGCGGCAUCGCGCUCGCCGCGCUCAAGCGCUGGGCCGCCGCGGAGGAGUGCUUCGAGAUCUGCGUGACGAGUCCCGGGACGUACCCCGCCGCGCUGCAGAUGGAGGCGCUGAAGAAGCUGCGCCUCGUCCAGCUCAUCUCGACGGGCACGAUCUCGAAUUUGCCAAAGUACACACACCCGCUUUUGAACCGCAUGUUCAAAAACACAGCGUACAACGCAUUCAUCAACGCCUAUCCAAAGAACACGACUCUAAUGCGCGAGAUCCUCGAAAAAGAGCGCGCUACAUUCGCCCAGGAAAAAAACAUCGGGCUGAUCCAACAAGCAAUCACCCGCGCACCGCGCUGGGUGCUCAAAAAGCUCACCGCGACCUACGUCACCCUCCAUCUAUCCGAUAUCGCGCGUGCCGUCGAGAUCGAGUCUGAAGACGAAGUGCGCGCGUUGCUUUUGAGCAUGAUCGAAUCCAACGACAUAACAGCGACCAUCUCCGCCUCCGGCACAGUCACCUUCUCCGACCCGCCCGCCCAAUUCUCCAAAGCCCAAGUCGACGCCGCGCUCCGCGGCGUCCAGGAGCAGACUGCGCUCCUUGCGUUCUUGGAGCUUGAGGCGGGGAGGAGUCGGGAGUUUUUGGGGAAGGUCGUCAAAUCAAACGACGGCAACUGGGCACCAGCUCCCGACGAAGAGAUAUUCGCCAACCUCGGCGCGCAGCAUAUGUGGGAGGAGAACAUAUAUUCCUAG